AUGGCUCCCACUGAGCUCAAAAUCAAGGGAAAUAAAUGUUUUUCGCACUUGUCCACAAUCGAUACCGAUGAAGACCUCUCAAAGACAUGGCGUCUCAUGACCAAAGUGAAAGACGCCCUUGAAUAUGGACGCCGAUUGGAAAACUUGUCCUGGAGACUGUGGUUUAUGCAUCACCUCAUAAUCCACGACCAGAAAAGAAGCAAGAAGUACUUUAGGAAAUUAUCAACGGCUACAACAAAAAAGCUGGAAACGGAAAAAUCUACUGCUCUAAACUUGUUGGAUACCCCAGACUUCAAGUCCAAGCCCGCCGAUAGCAGUUUUCUCGAGAGAAAGGGAAAGAAAAAGGCCAGGAAGCAUGUCUCUAGUGCUGCUAAGCAUCUCAAUACAAAAAAGCCGAAAUAUGCAUUGAAACAGUGUUCGAUGCCAACUUCCGAGGCUUUUGUGAAAACCGAUACCUCUCAAAUGGACAUUGAUGAGAAAGGACCCAUGUCUAUCCAAAUCCCUGUGUCGGACUCGAACGAAUCUAUGACUAUGAGCCCUACCCAUAGUGAUAUGGUUAUGAUUCAGCAACAAGGCUCUCCAGAAAGCACAAGCACCAUUUCAACAAGCGACGACUCUAACGACAUGCAACUAACCGAACCGGUUGGUUCCAUAAACGAUAUUUAUACCGUAUUUAACGAGGAUUUCUUGCGUGGCUCUUUUACCGACGAACAUGCGUUCGUUCUUCAUCGCUUUACAACUGACCAAGAAGAGACUCAGUCAGUCCUUCUUCAAGACAGUUAUGUUGGCUACGGAUCCGAUUUCCAUUCUGAUGUGCCUUCCAUUGGCGUCAGUUUGAACCAACUUCUCCGCUCCGUAUACGCUAAUUAUUCUUCGGAUUCGUCAGAACCUACCUCGCCAACUGAAAUGGAUUUGAUCAAUAGCCAAGGGUACAGCACGCCAGGACUUCAAUAUCAUCAUCCCCAUCUUACCGAACAGAUGGUUGCCAGCUCGUCCAGUAUGUCCAACGCAGUCUAUGUCCCCCGUUCAGCGUCUACACCCACGGUUGAUACGGAUUUAGCGAACAAUCUAAUUAGUGUUCUGGGAACCCCCAUGAAUACGCCAGUGACUGAUAUACCGGCCCAAAGCAUACUUGGUAGUAGUAUGCUGUACGUAAAUCAAUAUCAAUCCGACCAGUCAACUGUACAGCCGAUAUCAAUAUCGCAGAGGCAGACGAAUUCGACUGGGAAUCAGUCGUCUGCUCGACAGAGUUCAGAAAACAGAGUGAAGAAGGCCCACUCAGGCGGUGAACAACAAUGUUUCAAUUGUGGUGUCACUUCUACACCUCUUUGGCGGCGAUCGGCAAAUGAUGAGCUACUAUGUAACGCGUGCGGUUUAUAG